GUGGCGCAAACCUGGCUUAUUUCAUUUAGUGAGUAUCAGCAAAACCUAAACUCACAUUGAUCAUUGAUGCAGGCGUACCCCCAAACAAUAAUAAGGAUUCCUUGCCUAUUGCUUUGUUGCUUUCAUGCAGAACAAGAUUUUUUUGUGGUUUUUGGGUUCUUUGCGGGCGGUUAGAGAAAAUACCUCGUUCGAGGAGCAUGGGUUGCAUGGCGGGGUGUUGGCCUCCACUGUUCAGUUCCCCUUUUGUAAUUGGUGAGCGAGCCAGGCAAGACUUGAACAGCGACAAUCAAUGUUCCUGAAAACGGUGCCAAUGGAGUUCUCUGGCUCGUAUCAUUGGCGGUGUCUGCCUUGUUAGUGAACCUUGGACGCUUGGAAGUUGGUCGUGACUGCGCUGGGCCGGAGUAGAGUAGGAGGCUCAACUAGUCCGUCUUGGUAAGCGACAGACACAGAGCUACUUCCCGCGGUUCCGCCGGGGCAAACUCGUAUCUCAACCUUCCCUUAACGACCGCCCUCGAGCUGGCGUCUGUCGACUUCUUCAAUUCCUCCCUUUUCUGUUAUUCCCAGUUUGACGGGACGACACGCUUCACUGCAAUUGACCUCUGGCUGGCUCCUGAGAAGCUCGCGGGCGUUGUAGUGCUGGAACCCUGGCCCGUUAUCAUUCUGUUCUUUGCACACCCGUUUGCCCUCCGGCUACUACCCGAACCAAACUACGCAGCUUCUCAGAUCAACUCUCCUACAUUCUUUACAUCCUCUUUACCAGUUCAUAUUUUAGCAUACCUCAAUUGGCAAUCUUUCAGUUGUUUUUGGUUUUCGUUGCGGCGACAGGCUAGCGGAAAAAGUCCAUCGAACUCUCCAAACAAAUGUCCAGAACGAAUAUUCUCUUCCUAGGUGGCAAUGGUCACACAAAAUGGAAAUGCCAGGUAUCAUCCUCCCGAUAGUAGAAUCAAUGUCAAGAGACCUCAGCACCGCCAUGGAGCCUUUCCACACCCAUUGACAAAAGUCGCGACAUCCGCUCCACCCCAAAAUGGCCCUCCCGUCAGUCCCGUCAGUCCCGUCAGUCCCUACCGCGCAUUUCACCCCAGCAGAUCUCCGACCUACCAACCUACAAUUCCUGAAGCCUCCUCGAGUCAACCUAGUAUAACCAAUGCCCCUGCAACUUAUCAAUCACCUACAAGCCCUAUCCCUCCAGCUUACCGAUCACCAACUUUUCCGGCAGUCCCCGAAUAUGAUGGCCAGUCAUCAUGGCUGUCCAGGAACGAUACAGAAAGGACACGGCCACCGCCACAAUAUAGGAACCCUCGAAUGGGUCUAAAAUCUACCGCGUCAACUUCAAAUAUUCGCUCAAGGCAACGUUCGCCGUUCCGCCUUGAUCAACUCCCGCCCGCUUUGAGUCCGGCUCAGCCACGGUUUGCACCCCACUAUCCUCCGUCUGAGCUUCACAUUGACAGUGAGGUACGGUCCAGCGCGCAAUCUGCUUUGACGGCGUCGAGUAUAGACCCAACGAGUGGUACGGAAAGAAGCAGUAUUGCUACGAAAAACAGUUCUGUGACCGAUUUAUCGCCUGACGAAUCUGAUAUAGAUGGAGGAAUUAGUGUUGAGGACGCCAUAUCACUGUAUCUACAUGGCUUUACGGAUGACCCCCCUGAAAGUACUACCGGCUCGUCAAAAUAUGCGACUCCAAUGGCUGAGGCACCGAAGAAUGAAGCACCUGAGACUGAAACACCAUUGACCGAGGUAACAGUCGUUGAGAGCCAAGUCACUGACCAGCAACGUUCUGUAGAACUCCAGGAGGCUAUUAAUAGUGACAUGGCGCAUCAAGCGACCCCUCCAGUGAUCGAAAGAAAACCUGUUGGAACCUCCUCCCAGCGUAAACCCAUGAGGUUGGUGAUACCCCCCGCCCUUCCGGGUGUGGUGCCACCCCCGCGAUCUCCUGCGACUGGUCUACGUGAUCAAUAUGGUUUCCAAAGGUCGUCAAACCACAUAUCGCCCGGUGGGUACGACGCUUGGUUUCGUAACUAUUCUACGUAUCAGGAGUCCCGAAAACAGAAGUGGGAGGAGCUAUUAAAGGAAUAUGGCCUGCCGACUGAUAAUCCCGUUACAUUCCCACCAAAGUCUACCAAGGUCAAGCGCUAUGUCAGGAAAGGAAUACCCCCUGAAUACCGUGGCGCAGCUUGGUUUUAUUACGCCGGCGGAUAUGAGCGCUACCAUAGAUUCCGGGGUCAUUAUAACCAGCUUGUCGAACAGAGCAUUAAUGGGCCUUCAAAUGACGAUAAAGAGCAUAUUGAACGGGAUCUCCAUAGAACGUUUCCGGAUAACAUCCACUUCAAGCCAGAUCCUCUACCUAAUAUGGGAGCCAACUCAUCUCCAGAAAGCGGCAGCAGCAAUCCAAAAUAUCUCUCUAAAACUCCGGAAGCUGAAAUUAUUCAGUCAUUGCGUCGUGUAUUGUAUGCAUUUGCAGCACAUAAUCCGAAAAUCGGUUACACACAAUCUCUCAAUUUCAUUGCCGGGAUGCUUCUACUCUUUAUGCCCGAAGAGAAAGCAUUUUGGAUGCUUGACAUUAUCACAUCAUCUUACCUACCUGGAACUCAUGAAAUCAGUCUUGAAGGCGCAAACAUUGAUCUUUGGAUCCUCAUGGUAGUCCUCAAAGAUUCAAUGCCUGCAGUAUACACAAAGGUUGCUAGCACAACCCCAACCACUCCCAAGUCCAAACCUCCACCAAUUAACACAAAAACCCGACUACCCGACAUUACGCUUGGCCUAACAAGCUGGUUAAUGUCUCUGUUCAUCGGCAGCUUACCACUUGAAACUACACUGCGCAUCUGGGAUGUUUUCUUCUAUGAGGGCUCAAGAACUUUUUUCAGAGUCGCUCUGGCGAUUUUCAAGAGCAGUGAAAAAGAAAUACUCAGCCUCAGCGAUCCGAUGGAGAUCUUCCAGGUCGUGCAAGCAGCGCCAAAAAAACUUAUCGAUGCAAGCGCCCUGGCGGAUGAGUGUUUCGCACGGCGAUUCAGGCUGACACAAGCACGCGUCGAGGAGCUACGUGCUGCCCGUAGGGCCGCGAUCAGGGAAGAAAAGGACCGCCUUUCAGUGUUGGCUGGUAGAGGCAAUGGCCAUUGUGGAUCCAAUGGCCCGCCUAUUGCCCGAGCGACGACUCCGUUGCCUACAUCAUGGAGAAACCUGAAACACACGUUUAAAUGAGAUGAUACCCGCCCCCCCCUCUUUUUCUCCUUAUUAUUAUUAUUGGACUCUUUACUCCCCUUUUUGAAUCUUUCUCUUGGCUAGUGCUCGUCGCAGUCUUUUUUUGUCCUGUAAAAUAGGCUGACGCCAACCCAAGUGAGAAAGAAUAAAGAAGAAGAGAUGUUCAGAACUGUUUUAUAUUAAUUGCCUUGAUGACUUCAGCCUUUGUUUACUUUUCGCCCGCCCUUACUUCUCUUUGCUCAAAUGCGUAUACUGCAUCUUACGUGGCUGGCCGCAGGGCAAAACCACAAUUUCAGCGAGUGAUCAUUCAGGAUAUCUGGAGAGAGAGAGAAACAUUUGGAUAUGGCGCCACGCGGAUACCAGACCGCUUUAAUUUUUAUAUGCCAGGCCCCCUUUUUUUCAUUGCUUUUUACCUCUGCCAGAGUGCUUCAGCAAGUUUUCUCGGAAUGAGAUGUCUCUCUCUCCUCUUCUUCUCCUUCCUUUCAUUUCAGUUGCCUUUUUCUUCUUACUCGUCUAAUUAAAUAUUUGCAUCUUUCCCUUUCCUUCUCUUCUUUUCUUUUAUGUUCACUUCACUUCACUUCUACCCUUCUACCCCACGAUUCUUUUUUUUUUUUUUUUUUUUUUUCAACUUCAUUUUCUGUUUCUACAUUACUUGUGAGAGCAGCUCUUCAGUGAAACACUCAUGUCAUGUGCCUAUAUACAUACAUGUAAUGUAUCUCCUACCUACCUUUACCUUCUGUCUACCUACCAUAACUGCUCAGCAUAUACUACUUACUAACUACUCCUGAUUCUCUGAUUCUCUCUUUCAUUCAUUUAACUCUAUAUUUCUUUUUCUUCUUUUUUCUUUUUCCUCCCAUUCUUUUUUAUUUUUUAUAUCUGCUUUAAGCAAUCAUCAGAGUAUUUGAUUGCAGAUAUUUUUUUUUU